AUGGCUGAUUCUUGUUUUUGGUCAACGUUUAACAAUGGAACGUGUGAGCUGCUGUCCAUUUCAAGAACUGAGAUUAACAACUUAACACUUAUUGCCAACAAUGGAGGACUCCCGACUUACCAAAUGGUUAGAGCCGACGAUAGCUCUUGCAUUAAGUAUUAUGUUGAUGGGUUAGAGUAUGCAUAUGCAAGGACUAUAUGCAAACGGGAUGGUGGAGAACUAUUAAGAAUCGACAGUCAGAGCAAACAGGAUAGGAUGGUUAGAAUAUUGAAAACAGUAUUUUAUGUAACCGUUGAUGUGACUGUCCAAGGAACAAAGGAAAACUCCACAGGUAAUUGGUUGUUUGACGAUGGAACUUUGAUGAAUUAUUUCAAAUGGAACGCAAACCAACCUAGUAAUGGUCCACCUGAACUUUACCUCUAUCUCAAUGCAAAUGACAAUUGGAAAUGGAAUGACAUUGGCCUUGAAAAGAAAACUUUCCUUUGCGAGAUACGUGCCUGA